CUUUGUUUCACUUGUGUUGACUGUGGACUGUGAACUGAGUGCACAUAGGGUGUUUUUGGGGUGUCAGUGGGGUGUUUUGGCGGGGAUUGCAACUUUUACGUAACUGAUAAAAGCUUUCGUAACACCCGUGAUAACAGUUGGAUAAAAUAGAGCUAGUGCUUUUCAAAGGAUGAGGUGUAAGCAUUGGAUAAAGAGCUUUAUCGGGCCCGACAAGCUGCAGCCAACAGGAUGACGUUCGCAGCGGCGCUGGUGUUGCUUGCGUUGUGCUCGGCGGUUCACGGCGGCGACCCGGUGUUCGACCCCAGCACGCUCAUGCGGCUUGUGCUGGUACCAGCGGACGCGGCAGUCGGCUCCGUCAUCUACCGCGUCCGCGCCUCCGAUCCCGACUUUGACUAUCCGUUGCACUUUGAACUCAUUGGGCAAAUGGGUCGUCUAGACGUCGGCGUCGAGACGCUGCCCUGCACACGCUACAACUCCGUCUGCCAGGCCAACGUGAUCUUACUCCGACGCUUAGAGCCUGGCCGAUACGUGGACUUCCGACUGUCAGCCCGGAACACCCGGGGGCGAAGCGCCCGGAUCGCCUGCUCCAUCACCGGCACCAACGCCACUACGCCUCGAGACACCAUAUUCCCUCACCAGCCUGGCAUUAUUUUGGCUGCCGAAGAUGCAAAGCGUGGAACGGAUCUAGAAAUCGUGAUCGCGAGGAAAAAUCAGCUAUCGCCGAAGCCUCUUGAACUCGAGCUCUGGGGUUCGCCGCUCUUCGCAAUAAGGCAGCGUCGUGUAUCCACCGAGAACACCGAAGGCACGAUAUUCUUGGUCGGCCCAUUGGAUUUCGAAGCUCAGUCUAUGUACCACUUGACACUGCUCGCUGUGGAUCCAUACGUAGAACUUGGCAAAGACACGCGAAAUAUCGCUGGCCUGGAAGUAGUGGUAGUAGUCCAAGAUGUCCAAGACAUGCCUCCUGUUUUCACAUCCGCACCCCCUAUCACUCAUUUGCCGAGACAAGUGGCGCCUGGUGACAUGGUGGUGAAGGUCCGGGCUGAAGACGGAGAUAAGGGGGCGCCUCGCCAGAUCAGAUACGGCCUUGUCUCUGAGGGCAAUCCAUUUACACCGUUUUUUAACAUCAAUGAGACUUCAGGUGAAGUGACCCUCGAGCGGCCGAUCGAGGAGAUUGCAGCAAUAUCUCACGCAGGAGCACCGAUCCUGCUCACGGUAGUCGCUGAGGAAGUACGCCUGUCCAGAGAGGAGCCUGAGGCUAUGUCGUCGACUGUACAGCUCGCCUUCAUACUGCCUGAGCGGGAUAACUCACCACCGUACUUUGAGAAUGAGUCUUACAUCACUUAUUUGGAUGAGAACGCACCUCAAGGCACAGCUCUAGUGUUCAACGAUCCGUAUAUUCCUCAAGUGAAUGACAAUGAUGCUGGAAAGAAUGGCGUGUUCUCCCUCUCAUUGGUUGGAAACAACGGAACGUUUGAAAUAACACCAACUGUAGCGGAGAGACAUGCCCAAUUUAUCAUCAAAGUACGGGACAACACAAUGCUUGAUUUUGAAGCUCGUAAAUCUGUUAUAUUUCAGAUUUUAGCUCAAGAGCUUGGCCCAGCAACUAACUUGUCGGCUUUUGCAAAUGUGACCGUAUAUUUGAAUGACGUUAAUGAUAAUCCUCCCGUAUUUCUGGCACUCUCUUACGAUGUGGAACUACCAGAAAAUGUAACAGCUGGUACCAGGGUUGUACAAGUCGCUGCAGACGACGUCGACACGGGAGAUUUCGGAAAAAUGCAGUACACUGCCAUAUUAGGAUACUUAAAUACAUCAUUGAACUUAGAUCCUAUAUCGGGGUUAAUAACUGUAGCAACUAAUAAUCAUGGUUUCGAUCGCGAAGCUAUGCCAGAUUUGCAUUUUUUAGUAGAGGCUAGAGAUAACGAUGGUGUAGGUUUAAGAGUAACAGUGCCAUUAAUUAUUAAGUUAUUAGAUGUAAAUGAUAACCCACCAGAAUUCGAAAGGGCGUUGUAUGAGUUUGUAUUAUCGCCAAAUUUAAAUAAUUUUACUUCGGCGGCGUAUGUUAAGGCAGUUGACAAAGAUGCUGAGCCACCAAAUAAUGUAGUCAGAUAUGAAAUAAUAGAGGGGACUAGUGAAGGAAAAUUUGCAAUUAAUGAAGAAACAGGCGAGAUUUAUCUUUUGGAGCCACUGAAGAGGACGAAAAAACAAAAUGUGCACAGGGAAAAACGACAAUACGAUAAUGAGCAAGAAAGUGAAGUUUAUAUGUUAACCAUAAGAGCUUAUGACCUCGGAGUACCAAAACUAUUUUCAACUACAACAGUUAAAAUUUAUCCUCCAGAAAGUAAGACUAGGACCAUGUCGUUUAUCGUUUCCGGUGCAAACCCUGACAGAAAAAAACUAGAAGAGGUUUUGAGCACUCUUUCAGGAGGAAAAGUUACAAUUGUAGAUAUAAAACCUUAUAAAAUAAAUGACGACAAGGGAACAGGAAAUAUCGGUGACCAGGAGUCUAGUCAAGAAAAAAGCGUGGUUACUGCAGUAGUUCGUAUGGCUGGUAAUACUGCCAUAAAUGUGGCAAAACUUCAAGAACAAUUAGCAAAAAAUAUAACAAUUUAUUCUAAUAGCAACGUACGAAAAGAUCAAUCGUCAACAGCUGAAGAUAACAACUCGGGCAUUUAUAAAGCAGAAAGCAGAUUGUUAUUUUGGCUUUUAAUUUUGCUAGCUAUUUUAAUAGCCCUAGUAUUACUAUUGCUCAUAUGUUGCUGUAUUUGCGAAGGUUGCCCUUUAUAUAUGCCACCAAGGAAAAGAGUGAUACGUGUCAACUCCACAGAGGACGACGUGCAUUUAGUGGUUCGCGACAAGGGAGUUGGGAGAGAAAACAAGUCGACGCAAAAUAUAGAAAAUAAGUCUAUAGAAGCACCUGAGUGGAGAAGACGGGAAGCUUGGAGCGCUGAACAAACGGAUUUGAGAACAAAACCAACACAGUGGAAAUUUAAUAAAAGAAAUUAUAAAUCAAAAGAGCUAAGUAAACCAGCUUCAACGCCUGGGGGUAUCCGACACGAAUUUGUACAAACUGCCGCAGAUAAUGACUAUAAAUACGAUGACACUAGGCAAUCCUUCCGACACAGGGAUGGCCCAAAUAUAAUUUAUACAAAGGAAAUGCAACUUCAGGAAGCUUUUGCCAAUAAACACAAAGAAUAUAUUGAAGAUUUAGAAAACGGAUAUGAUAGGAUUGCAACACUGCAUCAUGAACAUCCUGAACAUCAUGAACGCAAAGAACAGGAAAAUGAUUCAAUACGAAGACAUGAAAUUGAACGAGGUUCUGAUGUUGGAGGUUUUAUCAAAUCCGAUGCUGACAGAAACUUACAUGAUAAAGAGGAACUUCUAAUCAAACGUGAAUAUAUCGCUCCAAAUUCCCUAGGUAGAGACCAAUAUUUUAUAAAAGAAGGCAAUACUGAAAUUUUAAGGCUUGUGACGCGAGGUAAAAAUGAUGAUGAACGCUACGUAAAUCUUCCUGUUCAAAAUCAGCGUCCUGUUACAUUAAUUCCACACACUCAAUACGUUGUUGUUGACAAUGGCAAAGAUAUGUUAAUGGAAAGGUUUAUCCGAGAACAGGGUGAAGAAGCUAAUAAUAUAAGAGAAAGAAUGAAUAAAGUAGUUACAGAUUUAGAGAAUAUUGACAAAGAUGGUAAAAGUGUUGGUCAAAGAUCACACAUUGGCGUUGACCAACAACUUCAAAUACAUGAGUAUUCUAAUUUGCCACCUGAUGUACCUGGUACUGUACCUUUGAAGUCAGAUUAUUUACAAUCUGCUUUACUAGAAAUGCAAAAUAAAUCUUCUAUUCAUCAAGAACUUCUCGAAUCGUCAUUACGAAAACAAAAUGAACUUCUUCAUCAAAUACUAAUUGAGCGGGAGAGAAUGUUACAAAACCAAGACACGGCAUCGCAAGGUGAAAGUAAGUUAGAAACUCAAAGUUUACCUGGACACUCAGUCAUGGCAACACAAACUGAAUGUCAUAUUGGUACUCAAACAGAACCUCUGUGUCUGAAAGAAGUUAUAAGAAAAUCUCGGAGUGAUAACGAUUCAUAUAGUGAAGAUGAAUCUCAGAUUACUUCAGAUCAUUCAAAAAAAGUUACUUGGAUCAAAAAGAAAAAGCCCAAGAAAAAAAUUAAAUAUAAAGAUCCAAGGCGAAGUAUCCGUGUUUAUGAACUAAAAAGAAAAAUUAAAACUCCUAUCAUUGAAGAAAGUGACGUUUCUCCUUCCCUAGAAAGUGAAAAAACUGUUAAAGUGAGUAAAAUAAAUGAGAGAGAAGAACGAGUAAAAUAUUACGGGGAUGUGACCAAAAGCACAGUAACUAAAUCAAAAAAUGAAAUUGUUAGCUCAACACAAAUCAAAGCUGAAGGCGACAGAAAAUUAAAAUCACGAAGAGAAGUUCUUAUGGAGAUAUCAGAUUCACUCGAUGAAAAAAUUAAACAGAGAACGAAAAAACAGUUACUUCCCCACAAUGCAGGAAUUUCAAAAGAAAUGUAUGAACACGAAAGUAGUAAAAGUACAAGUAGUUCCGCAAGUCAAGAUCGGAACGAAAGAGACCGACAAGAACGGAAUCUGAUAUUUUCACGCCAAGGAUCAUCUACAGAAGAACAUAUUUUGGAUAAGCCAGAUGGCAAGAUACAAAUAACUGAUUUAGAUGAACCAGAAACCCCUAUGAUACCUAAAUCCGAUUCAUCAGUUACUAAAGAAAUUUCAAAAAAACAUAUAGAAAAUGAUGUUUUAAAAAUAUCUGAUACAAGUAAACCAGUACAAAAAAGUUUACCUAGGUAUAUGCAAUGGUAUGGCAAAAAGACAAGUGCAAAUAUAAAGCCUUCCACGUCUGAUAAAGUAAUACCAGAUAAACCGAAGAGACCCUCAAAAACAAAAAAUGAUCAAGAGUUAAAAGAAAAAAGUGGUCGUUAUGGAAAAAUAAUCAGCAAAGAAAGUCAAAGCCAAGGAAGCGAGGUAAAAAAAAACUUCAAAGAAAAAGAAAGUGAUUUUAUACAUCCUCGUUUAUUGAAAGAAGGUAGAGUCACGCCUGUUCCUGAAGGACCAUUGCCUGAUGUGCACCCUUUGUUGCAACACUCAGAACAUAGAUACGAACAUCAAUAUGAAAACCAAAAUCCUCUUUGUUACAUUCAACCAACUCAUAUACCAAAAUACUUAGGUGCACCGCCAAAUGUUCCAGCACAAAGACAAUCCUUAGAACAUCAACCUAUUUAUGUUAACCAAGAUGAUGUGAAAAAUAAAAAAGAAAAACAUACAGAUGUUUCAGAAAGUGCUCUAACUCAUAGUAUAUCAAUUUCAACAAACUAUGAGGAUGACAAAAGAACCGCAUCUGAAGUUCAUGUUUCAAAAAUUAAUAUUGGUGGUGAUGCAGUUACAUGUCAGAGAAUUGUUACAACAAAAGUUGAUGACAAUGAUUCUGGCAUUGCUAUGAGUACGCUGGCUCAGCAAACGGGUAACAUAAAACGUUUACCAAUUACGGAGAAAAAGAGUGUUUUCACCAUUGCUUAUGAUGAUGUUCAAACUAAACAACUCAGGCCAGAUAGCAGUUCUACUUCAUACUAAAACUAUAUCAGUAUUCAUACAACGAGAGUGCCUUAUAGAUAUUAUUUUACAUGUUUUUAGUAAACUUUGUUCCGUCCUAUUUAUUAUUAUUCAUACAAUGUCAUAAGAUAUUGUAAAUAGUUUUAUU